AUGGCACUUUACAUCCUCACGGGGAACGAAUUACCAAAAAUACUUGUUAACAAUAAACUGCACUACAGCGAAUUUUUAGACAAUUUGCCGACCCGCGGGGAGCUGCGGGCGAAGUCGUGUCAGCGGCUGGGCGAAGUGGUGGUGGCAGGGUUGUGUCCGGCCACCUGGGGACCGAAAAUGGAGUUUGUAAAGGGGAGUGUCAAAGGCUUCGCUAAAGUCCAGUAUAAGUAUCGAGACCUAACUGUACAGGAGACGACCAGUGUUAUUACUCAGUACAAGGACCUCAAACCUGUCAUGGAUUCAUAUGUGUUUAACGACGGCUCAUCUAGGGAGUUGAUGAGCCUCAGUGGAACCAUUCCUGUGACUUACAGAGGUAACACAUACAAUAUCCCAAUUUGCUUGUGGCUGCUGGACACCUACCCUUUCAACCCCCCAAUUUGUUUUGUUAAACCCACUAGCUCUAUGACAAUAAAAACUGGGAAGCAUGUUGAUGCAAAUGGAAAGAUAUACCUUCCUUACCUGCAUGAAUGGAAAUAUCCCCAGUCAGACUUACUAGAACUAAUUCAGGUCAUGAUUGUUGUGUUUGGUGAGGAACCUCCGGUCUUUUCUCGGCCUACGGCUUCAUCAAGCUACCCACCAUACCAGGCAACAGGCCCACCAACUACUUCCUAUGUGCCGGGCAUUACGGGUGGAAUACCUCCCUAUCCAGCAGGAAGCACUCCAAACCCGAGCUACCCGAACUAUCCUUAUCCGGGUGGUGUUCCAUUCCCAGCAACCACUAGUGUUCCAUACUACCCUUCCCAGCCUCCUGUGACUACUGUUGGACCCAGUAGAGAUGGAACUAUCAGUGAGGACACUAUUCGAGCUUCCCUUAUUUCGGCAGUCAGUGAUAAACUGAGAUGGCGGAUGAAAGAAGAAAUGGAUCGUGCACAAGCUGAACUCAAUGCCUUGAAACGGACAGAAGAGGACCUGAAGAAAGGACACCAGAAACUGGAAGAGAUGGUAACUCGCCUGGAUCAAGAAGUGGCUGAAGUUGACAAGAAUAUUGAACUUCUCAAGAAGAAGGAUGAGGAGCUCAGUUCUGCCUUAGAGAAAAUGGAAAAUCAGUCAGAAAAUAAUGACAUAGAUGAAGUUAUUAUUCCUACGGCACCGCUUUACAAGCAGAUCCUGAACUUAUAUGCAGAGGAAAAUGCAAUUGAAGACACCAUCUUCUAUCUUGGGGAAGCAUUGAGACGUGGAGUGAUAGACCUAGAUGUCUUUUUAAAGCAUGUACGUCUUCUGUCUCGCAAGCAGUUCCAGCUGAGGGCAUUAAUGCAGAAAGCAAGGAAGACUGCUGGACUCAGUGAUCUCUACUGAAUUCUCAGACUUUAACUGGGAAGUUAGAUUUCCUUAAGAAGCAGCCAUUCUGUUGAUAUUUCUCUUAAUCAGUGCCAUUUUGGUCACAUUGAUGUAAGAGAAAGCGGUACAGUAGCUAUAGCUAUUCCUUUGUUACUGAAGUUCCUUCAUGAGCACUGUUCAGCCUACUCAAAUACUCUGGUGUCAGAAGUAUCACCAGCUGCAGUCCACAAUAAACAUCUACCCUGGACUAAUCAGUUACUAUUCCAGAGGAGAUGCUUCUCUGUGCUUGGCAGCAAGUUCACUUUUUAUGGGUGUCAAGUACUUGAUGCGGAGACAUUUAUUCCUACAUGUGUUUUUGUUUGUCCAGGUAAGGAAGAACUUCCUCUGUUGCAUUGUUUCUCUACUCCCCUAACA